CACACGUACUUUCUUAUUAUGAAACCAUUUGGAUAAAUAUUUUCCUAUACAGGAAGUCAUUGACUAUUGCUAUCCUACAUCUUUAACAACCGGAGGAAUGUCUAUAAGCCAUUCAAAAUAUUACCAAGAUUUUCAACUUUACUAGAGCAGAAAGCUAUUUCGCAAAUACAGACAUGGACAUUGAUUCAGGGGCAACUUCAAAAAACACAGCUCAAGUUUCAGUGCCAACAACUAAGGAAGGAGAUGAUUCAGGGGCAACUUCGAAAAACACAGCUCAAGUUUCAGUGCCAACAACUAAGGAAGGAGAUGAGAAAGAACUGCGGAUUGUGCUGGUUGGCAAAACUGGGGUUGGUAAAAGUGCAUGUGCCAACACUUUGGCAAGGGGACAACUAUUUGAAGCAAGAAUGUGCCUCAAAGGAGUCACACAAUGCUGUCAGUAUAAAAUGGUGAAAUUUGGUAGCCGUAACAUCGUUGUUAUUGAUACACCAGGUAUACUAGACGCUGAAAUGGAUCCUAUAAAAGUAGAGCAUGAAAUCAAACUAUGUACAAAAUUAGCAGCUCCAGGACUUCACGCUAUCAUUGUAGUAUUAUCACUGCAUCGAUUUGAUAAAGGUGAUGUAGAAGUUUUAAAAUUUGUUGUUAAACUAUUUGGAGACAAAUGUUUGGAUUUCAUUAUUGUUCUUUUUACACAUGGUGAUAGUCUACUUACAAAAGAAACUACAUUGGAGGAAGAACUUAAGGAUGCACCAGAACCAUUAAAUGAUUUUUUAGAGAAAUGUGGUCGGCGCUACAUGUCAUUUGAUAACACCAGUAGGCAUAUAACACAAAUCAAAGAGUUGAUAAGAAUGAUAAAGAAAAUGAAUGACGGGGGCUGCUUUACAAACGAGAGUUUUAAAAUCGCGGAAGAUGAAAUAAUGAGAGAAAUGGAAAUGGAAUCAUAUGAAUCCUAUAUAAAAGAAAAAACUAAAAACUAUGAAACCGAAAUAAAAGACUUGAGGGAAGGUAUAAGACAACUUGAAAUCGAAAACUCUCGCCUGCAACACAAAAUUGAAAGCAAAGUAUGUGUCAUAUCGUAGGAAAGACUUUAUACAAAGCCUCAAAAUAGAAAGAACACAUGGAUUAACACUUUAUCGCUUAAACCUUUUGCGUGAUAACGUUACACUUUUAAUUUAGACAUUGUGUUUUUGAUUGUUAUUAUUGUUAUUGAAUUUAUCUUGUAAUUUGUGUUAAUAUAUCUGCAUAUGAAAGUACAACUGAAAUUAAACUAUCGUGAUUA